AUGAGUUCACCAGUCCCCAAAGUUGCGUUUGUCAGCGGUGCCAACGGCAUUAGUGGUCAUGCGAUUGUGGAGCAAUUGAUACGCAAGCCCGAUUCUGAAUGGUCGCAAAUCGUAGUGUCGUCUCGCAGACAGCUUCCCAAUUACUGGGCUGACCCUCGCAUCGACUUCGUUCCCAUCGAUUUUAUGCAGCCCGUCCAUCAGAAUAUCGACAAGUUAAAAAGCAUUUGCCAGAAUGUUACUCAUGUAUUCUAUACAUCCUACGCUCACUCGGAUGAUUUCAAGGGGCUACCUGAAAGGAAUGUUCCCUUGUUCAGAGGUUUUAUGGAUGUCAUUGACGCAGUUUGUCCUCGACUGCAACGUGUGUGCAUUUACACUGGUGGAAAGUACUAUGGUGCUCACCUGGGCAAAUUGAAAGCUCCAGCCGAGGAGUCCGCACCGCGCUACCAGGACGAUGGUGAUAACUUCUACUACAAUCAGGAGGACUAUUUACAGGCAGUCCAGAAACGGAGAAAUGUCUGGUCAUGGAACGUUGUUCGCCCAACUGGGAUCAUUGGGUUCACUCCUCAUGCGAACGGGAUGACUGAAGCCUUGACCCUUGCUGUCUACUUCUUAAUCUGCGGGGAAAUAAAACAGACACCUAAGUUUCCAGGCAAUGAGUAUAUCUGGAAUGGUGUCGACGACAAGUCCUAUGCGCCGAGUAUAGCUGAUUUGGCUAUUUUCGUGUCCACACAUGAACACUGUGCCGACGAAGCGUUCAACCACGCGAAUGGCGAUGUAUUCAUCUGGAAAAACUUCUGGCCCAAGAUUGCGGCUUAUUUCGGACUAGAGACAGUCGAGCCAUCCUUUGAGAAAGUGAGAGGGAAUUCAAAUACUCUCAUCACGGAACUUGAUCUCGUAGAGUGGUCGAAGGACAAAAGAGAUGCAUGGAGUCGGAUUGUGGAGAAAUACGGUGGAAAACAUGAAGUCUUUGAUUGGGCUGCUUGGGGACACCUGAACUGGGGUAUGGGACGAGCAUGGUCCACGCUCUUGUCGGUUAACAAGGCGAGGAAAUUUGGAUGGAAGCGUCAUGAUGACACUGUCGAAGCCUGGAUCAACACCUACAAAGUGCUGGAGAAUGCAGAGAUCCUCCCAAGACUCCCGUUUGAUCAGCGAUUUAUGUCCAUAGCUGACAGAUGA